GGGCGGAAGAGAAAAGUCCAGGACAAAGCCCUCUGGGAGAUUAGGUCUCAGAGAAGGAACCUAGUGUGGGACGCCCAACAGCGAAGCCAAGAACAUUGCCCCACCUCGGGGUUUGCAAACUGAGGCUGGAGACCAGGAUUUAAGAAUCGUUAGAGAUGUCGGAUUCCCUGGUGGUGUGUGAAGUGGACCCGGAACUAAAGGAAAAGCUGAGGAAAUUCCGUUUCCGUAAAGAGACCGACAACGCAGCCAUCAUAAUGAAAGUGGACAAGGGCCGUCAGAUGGUGGUGCUGGAGGAGGAGUUCCAGAACAUUUCCCCAGAGGAACUCAGGUUGGAGUUGCCAGAGAGACAGCCCAGGUUCGUGGUCUACAGCUACAAGUACGUGCAUGCCGACGGCAGGGUGUCUUAUCCUUUGUGCUUCAUCUUCUCCAGCCCAGUGGGCUGCAAGCCUGAGCAACAGAUGAUGUACGCGGGGAGUAAGAACAGGCUGGUGCAGACGGCGGAGCUUACGAAGGUGUUUGAAAUCCGCACCACAGACGACCUCACUGAGGCCUGGCUUCAAGAAAAGUUAGCCUUCUUUCGUUGACCUUUGAGCCAGAGAUUUGAAAUCCUUACAUCUGAAGACUCAGGCUCCUAGGCUAAUGACCAUCCAAGAGCUAAAUAAAGAUGGAAAAGUCA